AAAAUCUUACCCUAAUCUUUCCUUAAUCUCUCCUUUUAUAUAAGAAAAGCACAUCUCAUAUUUCAAUUUCCCUUUCCAUCAAUCUUCACUCACAUGGGUUAUCCCAUGCUUCUACUCUUUCUCGCUCUAGCUUCUUCUUCUUCUUCCUCAAUUGAAGCUGCUGAUGAUGAUCAGAUCAAAUCCGCCCGACUCCUCGAUCUCUUCAUCCGUGACUACACUUUCAAAUCAAACCCAACAAUAUUCAAAACAGGAAAGCUCCAUUCCGUCUCCUUACCAGCCAAUCUCUCCGGCAUUGGAGUCAACACAGCUAGAUUCCGCUGCGGCAGCCUCCGCCGCUACGGUGCCAGACUUGAGGAAUUCAAUCUGGGUCCAGGCGUAAUCAUAUACCCAUGUAUAGAAAGAAUUGUUUUAGUCAGACAAAACCUUGGAGAAAACUGGUCGUCAAUUUACUACGACAAUUACGAACUUUUGGGAUACAAAUUAGUCUCCCCUGUUUUGGGAUUAUUGGCUUAUAAUGCAGGUGAAGACGCAAUGCAUAAUAACAACCCUUUUGAAGUCGAAAUUCAAGCCAAGAAAACCCCAAUCGCCGUCGAUUUCACAAACGUUUGUAACUACAACGACACGAAUGGUCGUCGGAUACCAUUGUGCGCGACUUUUCAGAAAGACGGUAAAGUGAAACUAACGGAGCAAGUGAAAGCUAACGUGUGUUUGGCGGAGGGGCCGGGGCAUUUUGGGUUGGUGGUGGAAUCGCCAUUGAUUCCGGCGAAGAUUAGGAAGGAGAAAGGGUGGAAGGUGGCGGUGGGGAGUUCGAUUGGGGCGGCGUUGGGUGCUUUCCUUUUGGGUUUGUUGUUGGUUGCUCUGUUUGUUAAGGAGAAGAAGAAGAAGGCGAGAAUGGAUGAAAUGGAGAGAAGGGCGUACGAGGAAGAAGCUCUGCAAGUGACGAUGGUGGGUCAUGUCAGAGCUCCGACGGCGUCCAGUUGCCGGACGGCGCCGAUUAUUGAACGCCAGUAUAGGCCUCCCCGGCGAUAUUGAGACUUUGUUUGUUUCAUUAAUUAUAGUAUUUAAAUUUGUGUAUCAUUAUAUUAGUG